GGCACAUUUCAAACAAGUCUCUGAGCAGCGCUUCCAGAAUUCGACUAGUCAGUAUCGAGCAGCCCAUUACUAGAAUGCCCUUAUGAGACACUUGCGCUGCAUCUUCUUCACAGCAAGCAAAGGUGCGGACUUUCCCAUUUCACUUGGCCAUACACUGAGGUUUCUAAUGUCCUCCAGCUCAAGGCUGUCCGUGUGAGAAGUGAAUCUGAGAAGAGAAGGACAGACACUUAGAGAGAGAGAGAGAAGAGUUUCCCACAGAGCAUGGCCUCUGGCAAAGAAGAUGGCGUGAAUGAAAGAAGGGUGGACAUUAAAGAAGAGGACAGUGAGCAGCUCACACCAGAGGGUGUGCAUGUGAAGCUGGAGGAUCACGAAAAAAGAAAGUCAGUUUUUAAAGAGGAGGAGGAGUGCAAGGAGGUGACUGCUGCUAUUAAAGCUGAGGAUUUGAAUGAUUUCUCCAUUGGUCUUGAACUUCAAAAGUAUGAAACUGAGGAUAUUUUCAAGCAAGAGGCCUGUGAAGAAUCUCCAUCCAGUUUACAGCCCUGGUCCACUAAUACGGGACGACUGGCUAUGCCGGAGAAUUCUGUAGAGCUGAAGUCAGAGUUUUCAGAGUCUGAAGAGAAAAUCACCAAGGAAAAUGGGAGAGAAGGAGAAGAGUCAUCUGGGAGUGUUGAAAUAAAUGUACAGAAGAAUGGCAGCUUCUCUCCACCUUCACUUGGUCAGCCCUCUCUUCAAUACAAUGAGAAUGGUGUGAAGAAAUUAGCAAGAGGAUCAGAGAAUCAGACAACAGCCUAUUUGCAGUGCAGUUCUCUCUCUGCUACUGGGGCAACACAGACAGAAGCCAUCAAAACUGAUAGACAACAAGUGGAGAAAGAAAUCCAAAUUCCUACUGGAGAAAAAUGUUGUUUGGAAUGCGGCAAACAAUUCACAUACAAAAGUGAUCUUAAUAGGCAUAUGAAGAUUCACACAGGAGAAAAACCUCAUUGCUGUUCAGAAUGUGGUAAGUCGUUCUCAUGUAUAAGCUAUCUUCAGAAACACAGAAGAAUCCAUACAGGACAAAAACCUCAUUGCUGUUUAGAAUGUGGUAAGUCGUUCUUAAGGAGAAGCAGCCUUCAGAGGCACAGAAGAAUCCACACAGGAGAAAAACCUCAUUGCUGUUUAGAAUCUGGUAAAUCGUUCUCUAGGAGAAGCAAUCUUCAGAGUCACAGAAGAAUCCACACAGGAGAAAAACCUCAUUGCUGUUCAGAAUGUGGUAAGUCGUUCUUAAAGAGAAGCCAUCUUCAGAGGCACAGAAGAAUCCACACAGUACAAAACCCUCAUUGCUGUUCAGAAUGUGGUAAAUCAUUCUCAAGGAGACGUGAAUUUCAGUUGCACAAAACAAUUCACACAGGAGAAAAACCUCAUUACUGUUCAGAAUGUGGUAAGUCAUUCUUAAGGAGUAACAGUCUUCAGAGGCACAGAAGAAUACACACUGGAGAAAAACCUCAUUGUUGUCCAGAAUGUGGUAAAUCGUUUUCAUGGAGAAGUGAACUUCACUGUCACCAAAAAAUUCACACAGAACAAAAACUUCAUUGCUGUCCAGUAUGUGGUAAAUUGUUCUUAAGGAGAAGCUAUCUUCAGAGGCACAGUAUAAUCCACACUGGAGAAAAACCUCAUUGUUGUCCCGAAUGUGGUAAAUCGUUCUCAACGAGCAGCAGUCUUCAGAGGCACAGAAGAAUCCACACAGGAUAAAAACCUUAUUAUUGUCCAGAAUGUGCCACACAA